CGAAGCUGGAGGGAGACGGAGCGGAGCUGCGGGAGCCAUGAAGGCCGCCGGGCUGUCGGGACGCCCCUCGCCGGGGACAGGCCCGGAGCCCUCGGAGGCGGGCGCGGCCCUGGCCGACGCCUUGUGCGAGUUCGACGCGGUGCUGGCCGACUUCUCGUCCCCUUUCCACCGACGCCGCUUCCGCUACGAGGAGCACCUGCAGCGCAUGAAGCGGAGGAGCAGCACCAGCAUCAGUGACAGCAGCGGCUUCAGCGACUGCGACAGUGCAGAUUCCCUCUACAGGAAUAGCUUCAGUUUCAGUGAUGAGAAGUUAAACUCACCCAUAGUCUCCACUCCAACAACACUCUCACCAACGACCGUUCCUUGGAAAGCCAAGCUUGGAGACACAAAAGAAUUAGAAGACUUUAUUGCUGAUCUUGACAGAGCAUUAGCAAGUAUGUGAAUCCAGGAGCCAUUCCCAGCCAUUCGGGACAUUCCUCGAGGGGGAAGCUUCCGAAGCCACGGAGGUCCCCGGGAAACCAGCCACGAGCAAGGGCGGCCGGAGACGACAGGGAGGCGGUUACAUUCCUGUGAUUCUGUGGUUCCUCAGAUUCUCCUCAACAUCGGUGAAAUUGACAUCUUUUCCCCGUGCAGCAAACUAAAUCAGAUAGCUUACUGGGCCAAUGUUUGGUUGCUUUAAAGCGUAGUUUAAUGCAAUUGUAAAUGCUUGUAGCCGGGAAUUUAUUUGUAAUUUCAAAUAGUUGGAAACAGUAAGGAUGCUUUCCCCUUUCGUAAUAUAUUUUUAUAUUCAAAUAAACUUGGAAAUAGCAUCUUCAGUUUGUAAAA